ACACAAAAACCUCAGCAAAACAAGAAGAUGGCGGCGAUCUGGCCUCUUGGUUCGUGGAAAUCUUCGGGAGUGUUCAAGCCAUGUUGGAGGAUGUGCAUCAGGGCUUAUAGUAAAGACGAGCACAAGGAAAAAGGAUGGUUUCGAUCGUUAUUCGUUCACAAAGUGGAUCCGAGAAAAGACGCUCAUUCAAAUCUCCUCUCCAAGAAAGAGAUCAGUAACUUGUACAAAAUGCAGUUUCACAAUGUGAAACCAGAAUGUAUGGAUGCAUACAACGGUUUAUCGGAACAGAUAUUGCAAAACCUACACAAUGAUCCGGACUACCCGUGUGAGAUCGUCGGGAGUUGGAACACAUGGUAUGGAGAACAGGACCAAACGGUGCACUUGUGGCGUUUUUCUGGUGGCUACGCGGCUUUGACGGAUGUUAUGGAGAAGUUAAAGCAAAACAAGGAAUACUUGGAAUUCCGUAGGGAGAGGAGCAAGAUGCUAGUGUCUCGGAAAAACGAGAUCCUCCUGGAGUUCAGCUUCUGGAACGAACCUCUGCCUAGAGCGGGUCCUAACAUUUAUGAACUCAGAACAUAUUACUUAAAGCCGGGGACCAUGAUUGAAUGGGGCAAUAACUGGGCUCGAGCUAUUCGCUUCCGUCAGGAAAACAAUGAGGCUGUAGGUGGAUUUUUCUCACAGAUCGGAAACCUCUACGUGGUGCAUCACCUGUGGGCUUACCGAGAUCUGCAAUCCAGGGAUGAAACACGAAAUUCCGCUUGGCAAAAAUCCGGGUGGGACGAAUGUGUCUAUUACACAGUUCCAUUGAUUCGAUACAUGGAAUCGAGGAUUAUGAUCCCACUGAAGAUCUCCCCUUUACAGUGAUUCUGUUUAAAACUCUUUCCUAGUGGUUUCCUUGUGUUCUUUCUAGCCUGUGUUCCGAGUGAGGGCCAAGGGGCUUGUGUUUUGUUUCCUCUCGUAUUCGCCAUCAGUCAAACGUAAGCCAUCUGCAACGGAAAUAAUGAUGUUUCCCCAAGUUUCCUGUCUGUGAUGUGCUAAAGUCAAUGGACACUUGGUGGACGAACAAUGCUUGCAAUUCCUCCUUUUGUGAGAACCCGUCUGAUCUCCAAGCCAACAAUUAAUGACGUCUGACAAUGAAUCAUGAUUAAUAAAUACGUUCAUGCGUACAUUACACACACACACACACACAAAGAGUUAAUAAACUAAUCCCAAUCUAGUCGUUGUAAUGCUCCAUUCCCCCUUUUCUAUUCUCUCAAGGAUAAUACACUACCACUAAUGUAUUUGGUUUAAAGGGUUUGGAUGUGUGGAAAGGACUGAUGGGGAAGGUAUCUGACCAUUUAUCACACCUAUGAAAAAUGAUUAUGUCAACAGGUGACAAAUGUCUUUCAAGCCCCCUCCCCAUCCCUCAAUUAAAUUGAAAAGAGAACAUCUUUAAAGUACAUUGUAAUAGGAGGAGUCCAUUUGCCAGAGCGAGCCUGUUCCGCAGUUUACCAGAUGAUUGCAGGUCAAAUACAUUCCUCUUCAGGAGUGUAUUUGGAAGCUAUUCGGCCAUUGACUUGUUACACAAUGUCAGGUAUGUUCUGGAGGCCACCCACACAACCUACACACCCUUUAAACGAUUCCAUUUUAACUGGGCUAUCCGCCCACAAACUCUUGUUAGGUAAGUUAUAAUCAUAUAAUAAACCUUGAAUUUGAUAUAGCGCCUUAUCAUGUCGUUGAGACACCUCAAAGCGCUUCAUAGAAUAUACUGUAAAGUGAAUUGACUAUAUCUUGUGGAUGAAAUAAGGCAGCCAAUUGUGUGCAGCAGUGUCCCACGCACAGUUGUGGAUUGAGUGACCAAAUUAUUGUUAUUUUUUCAGUGAAUUAUUACCCAUGGAAAGCGAUCUGCCAAUUGACUAACAAUGGCGUUCCUACUGACUGCUAGAUAAACAGAGGCGCGUGAAGUAAGGACACUUGCCUAAAGUUUCACCCCCACCCGGGCAUUGAACCCAGGACCUCUUGUGAGUCAAAUGCUCUAGCGAGUCUCACCAAUGAUCGUUUGAUGACUAUUGAUUCCACAUGAAUCAAUUGCCCCAAAAAUUCACCCAGUCCCAGCCUGUAAAGGCUCCUUUCUCCCAGAUUCCAGGCCAACAGAUAAAAUUGGCCCUUUAUUUCCUGGCUGUUUGUAUGGGCAUAUUGCUGUGUGCAAAUUGUCUGCCACGUUCACCUACGAAAUACACAUUUGCUAUAAUUUACAGUGAAUCCUGUGAAGCGCUUUGAGACGUCUACCUGAUGUGAAAGGCACUAUCAAAUGCAAGGAUUAUUACUACUGUUUUUAGAUGGCCAAGAUUGUGGAAAAUUCUUAAGUUCAGUCUUAACUUUACAAGCCGAUUUUCUGCAGUUCUUAAAAGUGAAACUGGCUUCAAAAUGAGGAUCAAACCUCAAGAAAUUUACACAAUUCUGCGCUGUCGUACACUUUAAGAGGGGAAAUGGUCAGACUUACAAGCCAAGAUCAAUUGUAAUUUCAGGCGAAAGUAUUUUAGUAAUUGAAAUGCAAUGAAACACUUUUUUUUAGCAAUCUGACUACGCAGAGUUGAAACGUUUGUCAAAUGAACAGUUUACAGUGAAAUGUUUCGAAAGCGUGUGGUUGAUUAAUUUCGGUGUGCACUGUGAUAUAUUUUUAAACGAGGCGUGUCAUUUUUAAUUGCCGAUCUGAUUAAAAUGUACAUUUUGAAGUC